AAACCCUAAUUUUCUUAUUUGUUUUCCUUCUCUUCCUUCUCCAAAAUUUUCCCUCCCAUUUUCUCUGCCUUCGAGCUUUGGCUCCUAGGACUUCAGAAUCUGUCGGGAUUGGUUAUCGAAAAUGGGAAAAUACAUGAAGAAAUCAAAGAUAACUGGAGACGUCGGAGUUAUGGAGGUCUCUCAACCAACCUCCUUGGGUGUCCGUACAAGGGCCGCCAAAACCCUAGCUUUGCAGAGGCUUAACUCCUCCUCUGCCGCUGCCUCCGCCGCCGCCGUCUCGCCGGCGACCAGUCCAGAUGGCUCGGCCAUCGCAAAUGGCCCCUCGUGCUAUCUCCAGCUCCGUAGCCGUCGUCUCGAGAAACCGCAGUUGUUGGCCGAACCCAGGAAACAACAGCAGCUGCAGAGACACCAGGGGUCGGAAGUCGGGGGAUUCAAAGAGUCCGGUUCGAGGUCUCGCGUAGGUUCGGUGAAAUCACGCACGUUAGUGUCGGGGUCGGUUCCAGUAGGUCGAAGUUGCGAUGGAGAUGGAUAUGCUGGCAAUUACGGUGGUGUUGCGGGUUAUGAAGGUGAUUCUGUGGACAAUGGUUUGUCUGAGACUGAGGGCGGAAAGGAAGUUAAUACAGAAGCUUCUUUCGGAGAGAACAACCCGGAUUUUGAAGUCAGAGACAGGAGCACACGAGAGAGCACGCCUUGCAACAUUGCUGGGGAUCUCCACACCAUUGUUGCCCCGGGCUCAAGCACGAGGCAGAGGGCUGCAAUGGCCAGAAGAGACCGAGACAAUUCACACAGAAUCGUUCCGACCACUUGUGAAUUGGAGGAGUUCUUUGUCUAUGCAGAGCAGCAACAACAGAGACUAUUCAUGGAGAAGUACAACUUCGAUGUCGUGAACGAUCUGCCCCUCCCUGGGCGCUAUGAAUGGGUGCAAGUCUUUCCAUGAUCUUGAGAAGAAGCACAAAAGAGUCAUCAAUAUCAUCCAUGGUUGGAAGAGGAAACUAUGAUUCAGGAAUCUGGUGAAUUUACAGACUAACCAAACACCAAAAUCCUUAGGUAGGAGGAAAACUGAAGUAAUGAAUAAUGUGGUUAGAGAGAAACGCUGGGGAGGUAGCUUAGGGAUCUGAACCUCAACCAUUGUACUAAUCCCUUCAGGGUUUUAUCUAUAUAAUCUAAUUGCUUAUUUGGUGAUC